AGCACCUCCUCCUGUUCCUCAAAUCAUGACUGUACAGAAGCGCGCACCGCUGUGCAGGACAAACGCAAGGCUUUUUUCUAGGACAUCGCAUUUAUCUUAACAUCAUCUGAGUUGUUCAUCUGAUUUUCACGUGGACAGGAGAUCCAGUCCUCAUCACUCCAUGGUAACCCCCACUAUGUCUUCCGUUGAUCCUUAUCAGUACAUCAUCGUAGAGCAGCAGUAUUCCCACAAAUUGAAAGUGAAAGUGCUGCGGGCAGAAAAUGUCACCAAAGGAGCUCUGGGUGACUUGUUGGACACUCCGGACCCCUACGUGGAGCUUUUCAUUCCCACGGCUCCUGAGAGCAGGAAGAGGACACGGCACAUCGAUAAUGACAUCAACCCUGAGUGGGACGAAAGCUUCGAGUUCAUACUGGACCCAAACCAGAACAAUGUUCUGGAGCUAACAUUAAUGGAUGCUAAUUACGUGAUGGAUGAAACACUGGGUAUGACGUCAUAUCCCAUUUCCAGUCUCAAAGCGGGACAAAAGGAGUUGGUGCCAUUUCUAAUUGGAAAAACCACCAAAGUGUUUUUAGAGCUCAGUCUGGAAGUUUGUUCGGCUAAUGACCUUCGGUUUAGUCUCGCUCUGUGCGACAAAGAGAAAUUGUACAGGCAACGGCGAAGCGAGCGGGUCACGCUGGGCAUCAAGAAACUGCUGGACAUGGAGAAGCCUCGAUUUCUGCCCUCUAACCCCCAGGAGGUCCCUGUCAUAGCUGUGGUAGGAUCCGGUGGUGGGUUCAGGGCGAUGGUCGGCUUCUCGGGGGCCAUGAAAGCGCUGUACGAAUCGGGCGUUCUAGACUGCGCCACAUACCUCGCUGGCCUGUCUGGCUCAACAUGGUACAUGUCUAUGCUGUACUCUCACCCGGAGUUCCCUACGAAAGGCCCCGAGCAGAUUAAUCAGGAGUUAAUGAAGAGCGUGAGCAGCAACCCUCUCCGCCUGCUCCUGCCGCAGCACAUCACCAACUAUGUCCAGGCUCUGUGGACCAAAAAGUCUAAUGGCCAGCCGGUCACCUUUGCAGACAUCUUUGGCAUGCUUAUCGGGGAAACACUUAUUCCUGAUAGGAUGGACAGUAAGUUAAGUGCAAUGCAGGAGAAAAUUAACGAAGCGCAGUCUCCGUUGCCACUGUUCACCUGCCUGCAUGUCAAACCAGAUGUAUCCGAGCUCAUGUUCGCUGAUUGGGUGGAGUUCAGUCCUUAUGAGAUCGGCAUGGCUAAAUACGGCACGUUCAUGUCCCCUGACCUUUUUGGCAGCAAAUUCUUCAUGGGAACUGUAGUUAAGAAAUAUGAGGAGAAUCCUCUGCACUUUCUAAUGGGCGUCUGGGGCAGUGCCUUCUCCAUCCUUUUUAACAGAGUACUGGGGGUGAAGGACAUUUCUGGGGGAAGCACCAUGGAGGAGGAGCUGGAACAUAUAAAACCUGAGCAUAUUGUGGGAGAAGACAGCCUAGACAAUGAUGAAGAGCCACGCAAAGACAUGCAGAGCGACCAUCAGCAGGCACAGGCCAGCUGGAUGCAGCGCAUGGUCACCUCGCUGUUCAGCGACUCCACUCUGUUUAACACACGUGAGGGAAGAGCAGGAAAAGUGCACAACUUUAUGCUGGGUCUCAACCUGAACACUAGCAUCCCUUUUUCACCCUUCAGUGACCUCCUUUCCCAGAACGGCCCUGAGGAGGAGGUGGAUGCUGUAACUGACCCCAAUGAGUUUGACCGCAUCUAUGAGCCACUAGACGUAAAAAGCAAGAAGAUCCAUGUCGUGGACAGUGGCCUGACCUUUAAUCUGCCCUAUCCUUUGAUCCUGAGACCCCAGAGGGGUGUUGACCUCAUUAUCUCCUUUGACUUUUCAGCCCGACCGGGUGACUCCAGUCCUCCGUUUAAGGAGCUUUUGUUGGCUGAGAAAUGGGCACGAAUGAACAAGCUUCCAUUUCCCAGAAUUGAUCCCAAAGUGUUUGACCGGGAAGGGAUGAAAGAGUGCUACGUCUUCAAGCCCAGUAAGGGUGACAAGAACUGUCCCACUGUCAUUCACUUUGUCUUAGUUAACCUGGACUUCAGAAAGUUCAAAGCCCCAGGAGUUCCUCGAGAGGCCGAACCGGAUAAAGAGCUUGCUGACUUUGACAUCUUUGAUGACCCAGAAACACCGUAUUCCACCUUUAACUUCCAGUAUUCCAAAAAGGCCUUUACUCAGCUGCAUGACCUCAUGGAGUUCAACACGCUUAACAACAUAGAGGUGAUCAAAGAGGCCAUUAAGGAGAGCAUCGUGUACAGGAAGGAGAAUCCAUCUCGCUGCGCUGUGUCCCUUUCUCUCAGUGAGAUACAGAACAAGAAGUUUCUGAAGAGAGAAACCAGAGGGCUUGUGGGCACAUGAGCUGAUAAAAUCUCUGGCUAGAGCUGAACUGGUUCCAGACGUGAAAUUUUUAUAUCAUCGAAAUUAUUGUAAUGAUCAAAAAGUCACGCCACUACGAACCUCUCAAAAUGUCGAUCCUGGAAAGAUUGUAAACUCGUACUUGUGUUUAUCAUUGUCUGACAUCAAGUAGAGAAAUUGGAACUUUUAUUUCAAUUAGGUGAAUUUGACUAAUUCUGUUAUAUCGAACUUUAUUUGGAGAUUUUUUCUGUUUCUAAUCCUGUGUGCUGUUUGGUUAAAACCCCAGUUCUGGCUAAACAUUGAUCAGUUUAUUUUUUUUCAACAAAUCAUUUUUUUCUGUCUUAAUCGCUCACACUUAUUCUUGUAAAUCAUCGAAUAUUUAUAUUAAUAUAACUCUAUAGUAAAAUAUGCUACGUUUUCCACACAUGAGCAAACAUUUUGUUUGGCAUAGUGAUGAAUGAUUUACAGCACAGAGCUUUAACUGCAGAAACAGUUUGCUUUGGAGAAGCUGUUGGAGUGAGAAGUGUAACAUGACAGUACUUACAGUACAGUCUGACUGUUCUAUGGUGAUGAACACAUACUAUGUGAUAUCGCUCAGUGUAGAGCAACAUGUGAAAAAUGGCACAAAUCUGAAUUAAUUGGAAUUGUUUUUGGUUCAAAUCUGAAAAGUAGUGAAAACUAUUAAUCUAACAAUAAAGUGAAAACACUGAGAAAGAGCUGGAGCAGAUUUUACACAUUUAUCACCGUAUCCUGAACACAAUCCGAGUGGAAGAAUUGUGACGUCCGGCAUGAUUACAGACUCACUGGAUGUCAGCGGGAUGUUUGUAGUUUUACACAACAGAGGGACGUUUAGCCUUCUCUGAAGAGCUAAUAAUUUUCUUUUUAUGAAAGCUAAAUACUGCAAAUCAUUUCUGUAUUUAUUAAAAAGAUCUAAUUAAAUGCU